AUGACACUAGAAGAGCGCAAACGUAUUGUAUUAGAAAAAGGAGCUUGUUUUAAGUGUUUAAAGGCAGGGCAUAUAUCUAAAAAAUAUCGGUCUCGCUUGAAAUGUAUUGUUUGCGGAUAUUCGCAUGUACCACUGAUGUGUUUAGGUUUAGCUGAAAAGAAAACUUCUCCACAGCAAAAGGAGAGUUCGAGCGAGCAAGAUAAUGUUAAAAGGGAUCAGGUGAUGUCCAAUCAAACAAGUUCCUACGUGUUUCUACAAACUGUAAAUUUUAAGGUUAAAGGUCAAUCAGGUAUGGUAAGUGUGAGAGCGCUUAUUGACACAGGUUCACAGCGAUCGUACAUUUUGAAGUCUAUUGUAUCGUCACUCAGUCUCAAACCCAAGAAAGCAGAAAAAAUUGUACAUUGCCUUUUUGGAGGAACGGAGAUGGAACAAGUGCAUUAUUGUUAUGACGUUACAAUUUCCAAAGGGGACUACAGGAAAACGUUUGAAGUUCUAGAUCAGGCUCAGAUUUGUAACGAGGUUUCUCCAUUAUUUUAUGGACCUUGGAUACAAGAACUAAAAGUACUUAACGUGGAAGUUUCCGAUUGCAAAAGUCAGGGUCCAAUUGAGAUGUUGUUGAGAGCAGAUGUAAUUGGAUCUUUGUACAUGGGGAAAAGACAUCUGUUAAAAUGUGGACUGGUGGCAAAUGAAACUUAUGUUGGUUGGACUGUCGAAGGCAAAGUUCCUACACUGAAUUCGACAACUAUGACUGUAAUAUCGAUGUUUACGAACCCUUCAAUUACAGAACUGUGGCGACUUGAUGUGUUAGGGAUAGAAGAACCUACAGAGAGAAAAACGAAAAUUGAAAAAGCCCUAGCAGCAAAAGAGUUGUUUUGUGAGACAGUAAUAGUGGGUAGAUAUGAGGUCAGGUUGCCUUGGUUAGAGGGGCACCCUCCCCUGCCCACAAAUUACCACAUAGCCAACCGCAGACUUCAAACCGCAGUGAAACAACUAGAGAAAAAUGGGUUGAUGUCUAGAUAUAAAACAGUAUUUGAAGAAUGGGAGCGAUUAAAUAUAAUUGAGAAAACUACGAGAGGUGAUGUUGGACAUUUUCUGCCACAUAGACCGGUUGUUAAAGAAGGCUCUGCCACGGCUGUUAGACCCGUUUUUGAUGGAAAAGAUGAACCAUCGCUGAACCAAUGUUUGGAGAAGGGGGAAAAUUUGAUUGAGCUGAUACCUGCGGUGUUGACAAGUGUGAAUCCGAGAGACCGUCAGUUUUUGAAAUUUUUGUGGAUUAAUGAGAAAGGUGAGGAAAUAGUUUACAUACACAACAGAGUGGUCUUCGGAGUAAACUCCAGUCCGUUUUUGUUGGGUGCCACGAUCCAAUAUCACCUAAAAAAGAGUAAAGAAGAUUGUUUAUUACCAGGUUGCGAAUAUGCGAAAGAAACUAUAGAAAAGCUCGCCCGUAGUUUCUACGUAGACAAUAGCGUAGCAAGUGUGCCGGAUUUAGAAGUUUUGAACCGGUUUAUUAAAGAAGCGACCAUGAUCAUGGCAGAGGCACAAUUCGACCUUAGAGGGUGGGAGUUUUCUGGCAACUCAAACAGUUCGGAUGGUAUUUCAGUUUUGGGUUUGAAGUGGUUCACGACUAGAGAUAUUUUGACUAUAAACCCAAAUUUACUUACUUGUGACAGAGAAAGUGUUGUAACGAAGCGAAAACUGUUGUCAAUAGCCCAAAAGGUCUUCGACCCCAUAGGGUUUACGUCACCUGUGACAUUAUUGCCCAAGUUGUGGCUACAGAUUUUGUGGGAGAAAAAUAUCCUGGGACACUGA